GAAAUGGGAAACCAGUCAAAAGGGGCUUGUCUCACACCCACCUCUAUGCUUCUCCUUUGCCCACCAUGGAGAUAUAUAAAACUCUUUUACAACAAGUCUGCUUGGCCUGAGAGCAAGUGAAGGGAGGGAAGACUCCUUUGGAUUGGGCUGUUUUAAAGAGAAGGAAUGGAAGGAAAAUAAUAGGGGCUUUCAUCCUAGAAUGAUUUGAAGUUCAAACAUAUAGACAGUGGGAUACUGUAUGAAGAUGGAUAUAUGGAGCUUCAACAAGAAAGGUCCAACCUUGGGGUGUUGUCUGCCACCAACUUGCGGAAUCUGUCAUCUUCUUCCUCAGCAUUUGUCUCUGCAUGUCAGUCGCCUUUCUUCUCCCCACGAUCACCUGUGCAUGGCUGCGAACCAGUUCGACCAGACAUCGCAAACGCCUCUAAUCGUAUUGUUAUAAAUGAUCAUCUUGGUUCUAGCACUGUGACUAGGCAACCAGAAUCUUUAUCUAAUGUCAACUUUGUGGCAUCUGAUGUUUCUCCUGCUCCAAGUUUCUGCACUUCCAGUAAUUUUGGAACCCCAGGAAAUGUUUACAACAACCCCGGUCUGGUUUCAUCCUUCAAUGGUAUUCGCAAUGGCAGUUCAUCUAAUUAUAGUCAAGGAACCAGUAAUGGUCACUUCGCUCGCAGAGAGAAGCAGAAGAGAUUGGGGAGAAGCCAGGGAAAUUUCUCAUUUACUCAGCCUUCAACUUCAGUUUCUUCAGCUAGUAGGCUUAGGAGCUGUGAUGUGUAUGUAGGAUUUCAUGGACAGAAAGCUUCCUUGCUGAGAUUUGCCAAUUGGCUUCGUGCAGAGUUGGAAAUCCAAGGGAUUAGUUGCUUUGCAUCUGACAGAGCCCGGUGCAGGAGUUCGCGGAGCUAUGAUAUGGUUGAAAGAAUAAUGAAUGCUUCUACCUAUGGAGUGGUGAUCCUCACAAAGAAGUCAUUUGGGAAUCCUUACAGCAUAGAGGAGCUUAGAAAUUUCUUGGAUAGAAAAAAUCUGGUUCCGAUCUACUUUGACUUGAGUGCUGCCAAUUGUCUUGCGAGAGACAUCAUAGAGAAGAGGGGGGAACUGUGGGAGAAAAAUGGUGGUGAGUUGUGGAUGUUGUAUGGUGGCUUGGAAAGGGAAUGGAGAGAAGCUGUUGAUGGGCUUUCCCGGGUGUUAGAAUGGCAAUUGGAGGCAUAUGAUGGUAACUGGAGAGAAUGCAUACUGCAGGCAGUGGCUCUUUUGGCUACGAGAUUGGGAAGGAGAAGUGUGGUGGAUAGAAUAAAUCGGUGGAGAGAAAAGGUGGAGAAAGAGGAGUUCCCUUUUCCUCGGAAUGAAGUUUUUGUUGGCCGGAAAAAGGAGCUCUCUGAGUUGGAGCUUAUUUUGUUUGGCGAUGUCAGAGGGGAUGCAGAGAGGGAAUACUUCGAACUCAAGACUAGGCACAGGAAAAAAACUUUGUUGAUUGGAAGGGCUGAGAAGUGUUGUGAAGACAAAAAUGCAAAGGAUCAGCAAUCAGAAAGCAGCAUCAAAGGAAAAGAGCCAGUUCUGUGGAAGGAGUCUGAGAAGGAAAUUGAGAUGCAAAGGUUGGGUAGUCCACAUAGGCAAUGCCGCCCUCUAAGGGCCAAAAAUGGAGGGAAGUGUGGUAGGAGGAAGAGAUCAACAAAGAUACUGUAUGGGAAGGGUAUUGCUUGUGUGUCUGGGGAUUCAGGAAUUGGUAAAACAGAAUUGGUUUUGGAAUAUGCAUACAGAUACUCCCAGAGAUACAAGAUGGUUUUGUGGGUGGGAGGGGAAACCAGAUAUAUUCGGCAGAACUAUCUAGCUCUGCGAACUUUUCUGGAAGUUGAUCUGAGCAUUGAAAACCAUUGUCCUGAGAAAGGAAAGAUAAAGUGCUUUGAGGAGCAGGAAGAAGAAGCAAUUGGCAGAGUAAGGAAAGAGCUAAUGCAAGACAUCCCAUUCUUGGUUGUCAUAGAUAACUUGGAGAAUGAGAAAGACUGGUGGGAUCGCAAAGUUAUAAUGGAUCUUCUGCCACGAUUUGGUGGAGAAACCCAUUUCAUAAUAACCACACGUCUUCCUCGAGUAAUGAACUUGGAGCCCAUGAAGCUUUCAUACUUAUCUGGUGUCGAGGCAAUGUCUUUGAUGAAGGGGGGUAUAAAGGAUUAUCCAAUAGCUGAAAUUGAUGCUCUCAGAGCCAUCGAGGAGAAACUGGGCAGGCUUACACUAGGUCUUGGUAUUGUAGGAGCUAUCCUUUCUGAGCUGCCUAUAACUCCGAGUCGACUGCUUGACACCAUAAAUAGAAUCCCUUUGACAGAUUUGGCAUGGACUGACAGAGAAGUUCUUGUAUUGAGACGACAUGCAGUCCUCGUUCAGUUUUUAGAUGUCUGUCUUUCGAUAUUUGACCAUGCUGAUGGACCGAGGAGUUUGGCAACCAGAAUGGUUCAAGUAAGUGGUUGGUUUGCUCCCUCAGCAAUUCCGAUACCUCUCUUGGCUUUGGCUGCACAUAAGGUUCCAGAGAAGCAUCAUGGUGCUCCCGUCUGGAAGAAGUGCUUGCGUACGCUAACCUGCAGCUUUACAACAUCUCAUAUCAAGAGAUCUGAAGCUGAAGCAUCAUCCAUGUUGAUGAGGUUUGGGAUUGCGAGAAGUAGUAGAAAACCUGAUUGCAUCCAUUUUCAUGAGCUUGUCAAGCUAUACGCUCGCAAACGGGGGGCCACUCGAGUUGCUCAUGCUAUGUUUGAAGCAGUUUCCCUUAGAAGCUCUAUCUCUCAAUCUUCUGACCAUCUAUGGGCAGCUUGCUUCUUACUUUUUGGAUUUGGGACUGAUCCUGUUGUUGUGGAGCCAGGACCAUCUGACUUGCUAUUUUUCAUAAAACGUGUAGUUCUGCCUCUAGCCAUACAUACAUUCAUCACCUUCUCUCGCUGCAAUGCAGCAUUAGAACUUCUACGCCUUGCAACUGAUGCAUUGGAAAUUGCUGCUGAGUCCUUGGUUUCAAGAGCUGAGAAAUGGUUUGAUAAAUCGUUCUGUUGCAUUGGACCAGCUCAAUCUGAUUACACAUAUAUUUGGCAGGAACUGGCACUCUUGAGAGCAACUGUUCUAGAGACUCGGGCAAAACUAAUGCUUAGGGGUGGCCAAUAUGGCAUAGGGGAUGACCUUGUUCGAAAAGCUAUUUUUAUCAGGACUUCAAUAUGUGGUGAGCAUCAUCCAGACACAGUAGCUGCUCGAGAAACACUUUGUAAACUUAGAAGACUUCUCACAAACAUUCAAGUUAGUUGAUCUUUUGUAGUUCCUUCUCAUUCACUAUAUAUUCUUUUAUGUGAUCUUACAUUAGAAUCACAGAAAUGUCUCAGCUUCAAAUAACAGGGAAAUUGCCUGGAACACCUUUCCUUUUCCACUUUGCUCUAAUUCUUAUCUUUUCGUUUUGCUCUUGCACAAAGCAUAGUUGAUAAUUUUUAAAUUAGUUUCAAAGUCUGAGAUUGGUAACCUUUUAAUAUUAUGGAUUGCUCUUGGUAACCUUUUAAAUCGUUUCAUCUUUCUUCGAUAAACUCUCUAGUCCACUCAAAAAGAUAUAGGUUGGUUUAUAUACUUUUUCUAUUAGCUGAUUGAGACUAUGCUGACUUAUACAGAAAAAUAAUACAAAAAUGUUAAUUGCACCUACAUAGCGCUUGGGACCCUUUCACCAGUUGAUAUGAUGCUAGAUCUACAAAACUUGGCACAUAACAAAAUAACGUUAUGGUUUAAAAUAUUGAAAUGAGGAACCAAGUAGCUUAUGAAAUAUUUUCAAAAAGCAGUUUUGCAAGCUAAAAGAAUAAUCCAAGAAUCAACUUAUCGAGAGUUUCAAAUUUAAAUUUUUAUAACUAUUUACAAGACACAGAAUGGAAUUAACUAUUAAGUGUAAGUUUGUUGCUCAUCAAUAUUGCUCCCAAGGUUUCUCUGUUAUAUAGAUUCCCUUCUUCAAACAUUCUGUAUUGAUAUAUUAUUGCUGUCAGUGUAAAUCAUCAUUACUAUUGUGGAAAAAAACUCUCUAGGCUUUUAUUGCAUCUUAGUAUUAUUUACAUAUUAGUUCACCUAGUUAGUCUUAACUGCCUUAGGAGGAAGAAUGUCAUUCAGAAACCCCUUUUUCUUACCAUAUUGUAUUUUUCAGUGGAUUAAACUAUUGGCUAAUGUAUUCAUCUAGUUGUCUAUACAAGUAAAAGAAUGCUGGUACAGGACGGCCUAAGCAUCUCAGAUAUUCAGAGGUUUGUUCUAUAGGGGACUGUUUACAUGGAAGUGGACUCGGAAGUCAUGAAAGUCACUAACCACUUCUGGAUGUUUGGAUGCAAGUGAAGAAAGUGGCAUACCUUGAUUACAUAUGUAUCUGAUUUUCACAAAGAAAAUUUGGUUAGAAAAGUAUCGAAUCGAAGUCCGUCAUGUAAAUUGAAUUGUCCUUUUAGAUUUUCAUCACUGUGUUUUUGCAUAGUUUGUCAUCAGUGGUUAACAUACAGAGCCAUGGUCUGCAGUAGUUGAUCAUGUCAAGUUUGUCACUUCCAAGA